AUGGCCCAUCGUCUGCUGAAGGAGGCAACUUGUCCCAUUUGUUUGGAAAUACUUGUGAAUCCCCUUUCUUUCCUCUGUGGACACACAUUUUGCUCUGCUUGUUUGAAUGAAUGCAUGGCUAAUACGAACCGUGAAAUAGCUUGCCCCUUCUGUCGAAGAUUAACUCAGGGAACAGCAAUAGAGGAAAGACAAAUUAAAAUGUUAUCGGUGCUCGUCAAACAACAUGGCCCCUUUCUGGAGAGAAAAUUGCACAUCAAGAGAAGUGAACUCCCAAGUUCUCCAGAGGACCUGAAGCUGGAUGCAGCUUCUGCCCACUCCCUUCUUGUCCUUUCUGAUGACUUAAGAAGUGUCCGGUGUGGGAAGAUCCAUCAAACAGGGAUGGCAAAUCCCCAGAGGUUUAGUCACCUGCCCUGUGUCCUGGGAACACCAUCUUUUUCUACUGGCUGCCAUUACUGGGAGGUAGAAGUCGGAAAGGGGAAGGCUUGGUCUCUGGGGGUGUGCAAGGAUUCAGUGAACAGAAACAGAAAGAAACUUUCUUCAGAGUAUGGCUUCUGGAUCAUUACCAAGGAUGGAGAAACCUAUACCAGUUCUAACCCAGACAUCAGUGUUUCUGCAAGUUCUGACCUUAUCCGUGUUGGGAUUUUUCUAGAUAUUGAAAUGGAAGAAAUCAAGUUUUUUCAUGUCCAAAGUAAUGACCUCCUUUGUUUGUUCAGUCAGGUCUCCUGUUUGGAGCCAUUGCGUCCAUUCUUCUGUCCUGAAAUACCUGGAGAGGAAAGUGAUCUUGGUGCCCCUUUGACCAUCUGCCCAAGAGAAGUUGAGGCUUUACCUUGA